AUCGAACUGUACUAUACCUACUGCCGUUUAACUUGUUUUCGCAGUCUGUUAUCUUUAUAUUGUGAGUGACAAACUGUCCAUAAACUAAUCCUACUUUCUAUAGUCAUUUUACUUAAAUACAUACUCUACAUAUGCAAAACAUUUGUAAUAAUAUUUUUAAUAUAACUUGAUACAUGUUCAAACAUGAUAAAUUCCAGGCGUUUCCUGAGCAUUUCCACAGUGCGAAACACUACUAAUGUUAUCGGCAAAUUGAAUUUUUGGAUAAAUUUAUUAUUAAUUAUUAAUAUCAUUAGAACAAUACAUAUAACCAAAACGGAUCUUGAGUGCAGCUUUCAAAGUAACACAACUUUUGGUGAUACUCGUGUAGACUAUUACAUUGCUAGCGAUAAAUUGCAAUACGAAAAAAUAAUAACUGCCUUAGCAAUAUUGUUUAUCAUCACUCUUAUGCUUUAUGUAAAUUAUCAUCUAAGUUCGGCAACUAUUAAGCAUGAAGUUUGUAAAGUUCAUCAAUGGUUGAUGAUUCAUUCCAUUACUUUAGUAUUUUUCGUAAUAUUUUUACUUGUGCCGACAUUUGUCAUACCAAAUCCAAUCGUUUUUAUAGUGGCAACAAUAGUGAGCUUGAUCUUUUCAUUAGAAAUUUAUAUUGUGGUGUGUUUCUAUGACGAUGAAUUAGAACUUUUGGCGACUAUGCAUAACAGAAAUAUAAGUACAAUUCAUCCAUACAAUAACCAACCGAUAGUAUCGACAAUGAAUUGUACUGUCGAACAGUCAUGUUGUAUUCAACGUUCUUUACAACAAAAUCAGCAAACGCAAUGUUCUCGACCUCCUAGGUACUUUCAGCAAUCCGACAAUCUACAGCCACACAUUUCUCAAAUUGGCGGUGUUUCAUUAUUGUCUCAUCAACUGUAUAAUAGAACACAAUCCAAUUUACCUGCACCUAAUGCACCACUUGUGGAAUACAACAUACCACCUCCUUAUUCACCAUAAAGAAGCUAAUAACAAUAUCCAUGGCUGAUUUUAUUCCUAUUUAAGUAUAAUUGUAACAGUUAAGUAACUUAUGUUGAUUUAAAACAAUGUACAUAAAUAAUCUAUGCAAAACGAUUGGUUAAUGUGUAAGUUCUUGUAUUUAAAUCAUCUUAGUUACCUUCAAAUUAUGGAAUUAUGAGGUUUGAUAGUUACUAAUUUGAUCAAAUUUAAGACUAAAAUAAAAUGAUCAAAUAUUCUUAUUUUAUCUAUUGAGAUUGUUUAAUGUUUUGCAUAAUCUAAUUACCAUUUUGUUUUAUGCGACUCAAAAAUUUAGGACUAAUUACCAAAAAUUAAAUUUCAUUUUACUGUCAAGAAAAUUUGUUAUGAAUAUUUAGU